AUGUCUAGUGAAAAGUCAAAGAACGCGGACAUGGCUCAUGUGAGCCUGUUCCCCUCACCACCUUGGCAAUUGGUCAACCGACAUCAGACCGGACCUGGUGCUUCCCAGGAACCACCUAUUCGCCCCCCUACACCUCCUGGUCAAACUGUAUAUCGCAUGUUCGGAAAUUUGUACAAUUUGGAUGAUGCUAUCCUUCGCUCACUAGAGUCGCAAGGUGUUCGUCGUGUUUAUCCACAGGUAGAUUUUGCCGUUAUAUCCUUGCUACUUAUGAGUAGUAACAUUGUAUGCUGCAUUUUCUCAAUUGUUCCGUUACCCAAUCAGACGUACAAUCGCAAACGCGAGUUGCGCAAAAUCAAUUUCUCCAUUCUGGCCAAUUACUUGGACCUGUUGGAUAUCAUCACUCGCGAUCCAAGUUCUCCAAAACGUACCGAACGUCUGGACAAUUUGGCAAUUCUGUUCAUCAACAUGCAUCAUUUGGUCAACGAGUAUCGACAACACCAAGCUCGUGAUUUGCUUCGAGAAAUUUUGAGCUAUCAGGUAAGCAUCGCUUCACAGACUGUGGAAAAAGCAGAACUGUAUACUACACGUGCGAAUGAUUUGUUACGUAAUGCUGGUCAGGAGUUGAUUGUACCCGGUCAACCUUCUGUAACUUUUAACGUUCCCGGAGUUUCUACAAACUGUGUGGAUACGGUGCGAAGUGGUCUCGUCGAACUCGGUCCCACAUUGGCGCCGCUGCUCCAGACUGUGCUAGACGAAACAAUGGGCGGAGACCCAGCCUGUCGGCGUAUUCAGGCCGCUCCCGGUUUGGGAUCAUCUUCACGCCUUCCGGGCAAUCUGCUGGAUCAUCCGGGCUCCCAGUCUUCCCUAGACUGUUUCAAUUCGGAUGGAAUCUUGGACGGUGUAUGCGGAGAUGAUCCGGCCGAUCAUGUGGAUCCCAGCUUGUGGCAGUUCCUUUCUGAAUGUCAAUUAGAUGACGGUGCAUCAUACCCUGAUCACUGUCCUGGAUAA